GCCGCGCACGCCGGGAACCGGCCGCUGCCGCGGUCGGUCGUAGCCAUGGAGUCUCCGUGGGAUGAGCUGACUCUUGCCUUCUCCCGCACGUCCAUGUUCCCCUUUUUUGACAUCGCCCACUAUCUGGUGUCCCUCAUGGCGAUGAAGCGUCAGCCGGGAGCAGUGACAAUGGCAUGGAAGAAUCCUUUUUCAAGCUGGUGUACUGCUAUGCUCCACUGCUUUGGUGGAGGAAUUUUAUCCUGUAUACUGCUUGCAGAGCCUCCAUUGAGGUUUCUUGCAAACAACACUAAUGUAUUACUGGCAUCUUCAAUCUGGUAUAUUAUAUUUUUUUGCCCAUGUGACCUAGUUUGCCAGGCCUAUUCUUUUCUACCUGUUCAACUCUUGGCUGCAGGAAUGAAGGAAGUGACCAGAACUUGGAAAAUAGUAGGUGGAGUCACACAUGCUAAUAGCUAUUACAAAAAUGGCUGGAUAGUCAUGAUAGCUAUUGGAUGGGCCCGAGGUGCCGGUGGUAGCAUUAUUACAAAUUUUGAGCAGUUGAUGAAGGGAACUUGGAAACCAGAAGCUGAUGAAUGGCUGAAGAUGUCUUACCCUUCCAAGGUGACCCUCCUGGGGUCAGUUAUGUUCACAUUCCAGCAUACCAAGCAUCUGGCAAUAUCAAAGCAUAAUCUGAUGUUCUUCUAUACUGUCUUUCUUGUAGCCACAAAGCAACGUGUGCAAGAGGAUUGGAAUGUUGAUGUUUUUGAAAGCACCUCAUGGAGGGAUGGAAUGACUGGCAGACAAACUCAGAAGGCCCAUGUUAUUUGCAUAAAAAUAUGGUAUUUCUUCCUUUUCUGUGUUCUGUAGUAGUUUGAGUAGAAUUGGUGUCAGUUUUUCUCUGAAUAUUUGGUAGAACACUCCAGUGAAACCAUCUGAGCUGGGGCCUUUUUCUGUUGGGAGUUUUUUUUUUUUUAAAUGACGUCUUCAGUUUUUUCUUUUGUUAUGGAUCUGUUUAGGUUUUCUACUCUGUGUUAGUUUAGGUAGAUAGUGUGUUUCUAGAAAUUUGUCCAUUUCUUCUAGGUUUUCAAAUUUGUUAGUGUAGAAUUUUUCAUAUUAUUCUGUUGUGAUCCUCUUUAUCUUGCUUGGUGGUUCUGUUAUAAUGUUUCUCAUUUCAUUUUUAUUUUGAUUUAUGUGCAUCUUUUCAAUUUUUUUCUUUGUCAGUUUGGCCAGCGGUUUGUCAAUUUUAUUGAUCCUGUCAAAGAACCAACUUCUAGUUUUAUUUAUUCUGUUGUUUUUCUAAUUCAUUUAUUUCUCCUCUGAUCUUUAUUAUUUCCUUUCUUCUGGUGACUAUGGACUUUUUUUUUUAAAUAAUUUUUAUUGUGCUUUAAGUGAAAGUUUACAGAUCAAGUCAGUCUGUCACACUUAAGCCUAUAUACACCUUAGUACAUACUCCCAUUUACUCUCCCCCUAAUGAGUCAGCCCUUCCAGUCCCUCCUUUCGUGACCGUUUUGCCAGUUUCUAACCCUGUCUACCCUCCCAUCUCCCCUCCAGACAGGAGAUGCCAACACAGUCUCAAGUGUCCACCUGAUACAAGUAGCUCACUCUUCAGCAGCAUCUCUCUCCAACGCAUUGUCCAGUCCCUUUAUGGACUUCUUUUGUUGUUCCUUUUCUAUUUGUUCAAGUUGUCAGGUUAAGUUAUUGAUUUUGGACCUUUCUUCUUUUUUGAUGUGUGCAUCUGUUGCGAUAAAUUUUCCUCUGAGCACUACCUUUGCUGAGUUCCAGAGGUUUUGGUAUAUUGUGUCUUCAUUCUCAUUUGAUUUCUAAUAAUUUUUUAAUUUCAUUUUUAAUUUUUUCUUUGACCCAGUAGUUUGGCAUCUCAUGUUGUUGUGUGAUAUUAUUGGUUCUCUAUCCAAAUGACUUCCUUUAAUACUUCUUGUAAGGCUGUUCUGGUUUUUACAGAUUCCCUUAGUUUCUGCUUAUCUGGGGAUGUCUUAUUUUCACCCUCAUUUUUAAAAGACAAUUUUUCUGGAUAUAUGAUUCUUGAUUGGCAGUUUUUUUCCUUUAGGAUUUUAUAUAUAUUAUUCCAUUGCCUUCAUGCCUGCAUGGUUUCUGAUGAAAAAUCAGUGUUUAGUCUCAUUGGCGCCCUUUCGUAAGUGAUGCUUUGUUUUUCACAAGCUACUUUCAGAUUCUUUGUCUUUGGUUUUGGAAAGUUUGAUUAUGAUAUGUCUCGGUGAAUUUUUUGGGGUCUAUCCUGUAUGCUGUAUGGGGUUUUCUGAGCUUCUUGGAUUGUAACCAUCUCGUCUUUCAUGAUAUUUGGGAAGUUUUCAGCCAAUAUAUCUUCAAAAAUUCUCUCUGUACAUUUUCCCUCUCCUUUUCUGGAAUUCCUAUUACACAGAUAUUAUGCCUCUUGAUGGUGUCCCACAUCUUUAGGCUUUCUUCAUUCUUUUUUUCUGAUUGUUCCUCAGACGAAUUACUAUCAAGAGGCUUGUCCUCUAUUUCACUGAUUCAUUGUUUAAUUGGUUGAAUUUGACUUUUGUGCCCAUCCAUUGACUAUCUAUUUCUGAUAUUUUAUUGUUCAUCUUCUGGAUUUCUAAAUGUUGUUUUUGUGUGGUUUCUAAUUGCGUCUGUCAUUUUGGUCUUGUAUUGUUUUCCUAAAUUCUUCUAGGGCUUUUUCUGUGUUUUCCUUGAUCUCUUUGAGGAUACUAAAUAUAAAUCUUUUGAAUUCCUUCUCAGAUAGUUCCAUUAUCUUUUCUCCAUCAGGAAGGUGUUUUUUUCCCUCACUUGUUGGAGCUAUCAUAUCCUGUUUUUAGAUAUGAUUUGUUAUUGUCUGCUGUCUUUGAGGCAUUAUAGGUAUUAUUUUAUUUAUGUAUUUAUUGAUUGAUGGUAUGUUUGUUUUGUCCUAAUUUUUGUUUUGUUUGGAUAUAUUAGGUUGGGUGGGGUGCAUGCUCUGCUGAUCAAUGGUAUGGAAUGCUCACCACCUGUUGCCAGGUGAGCAGGGCAGCAGUGAGCAGGGUGAGCACGCAUCACUGUUCUCUGGGCAUGCGGGGCGGAUGGGGGUAGGCUGGGUGUGAGUGUGCUGCUGCCAAUAGUCAGUCCAUUGGCAUGGGAGAAGUGAUGGUGCUUGCCGGGUGGGCAGGAUGGUGGGCUAGGGUUAUUGUGGGCAACCAGUGGUGUGGUCGUGCUCACUGCUAUUCGCUGGAUGGUGGGUUGGUGGGUGAGUGGAUGUUGUGGGCAACCAACGGUGUGCCUGCAUUCACUGACGCUUGCUGGGUGAGCAGGGUGGUGGGUCGGGGGCAUGUGGUGGGUGAUUGGGGAUGUGGGAGCACUCUCUGCCACUCCCCUGGUGGAUAGUUCGGCAAGCCUGAGGGUGUGGUAGACGACAAGUGGUAUGGAGUGCUCACUGUUGCUUACUGGGUAGGCAGGGCGGUGGGUGGGGUGUGUAGCAGGUGGUGGGGUGUGGCAGGUGACUGAUAUGGUGGGCCCACUCGCUACCACUUGCUGGUUGGGCAGGGUGGUGGACUGGGCAGUGUGACAGGCAACUAGCAGCACGUUUCGUUCACUGCUGCUCGCCAGGUGAGUGAUGGGUAUGAAAGUUUGACAGGUGACCGGGAACUCUGGGUGCUCUCUGCUACUUGCUGAGUGGGAUGGGUGGUGGGUAGGGGUGUGUGGUGGGCAACUGGUGGCUCAGGCGUGCUUGCUGCUGCUCUCUGGGUGAGCAGGAGAGGUGACAAGUGGGGUAUGACUGGGUAGGAGAGGGAAAGGGGGGCUUGUAUCACAGCACUCAUGUGGGCAGGGUAGCAGGGGUGGGGGGAUUUGCAUUGCUAAUCACCAGGAGGGUAGGGGGAGAGGGAGUGUACUCCUCUGGUCACGGGGUGUGGGUGCCUGGGGCGUUCCCUGUUGGCUGCAGCCAGCAACUGGGCCUUUGCCCUGACCAAGUGUGAGGAGUAGGGGGUUGCCCGGAAUCUGGUCAGGUGGGGGACCUCCUGCUGACACUCUGGAUCUGUUAGUUUGUGUGCACCACUCACCCUAAUGGUCGGGACCUCUGCUGGUGAGUAGUCCUGUCUCUGGAUCCUGGCUCCCUCCAUGCUCUCUGGAGUCCAGGAUCCCUGGAGCUCUCAUCCUCCUUCCUGUACUUUCGCUCCUUAGAUCUGGUGCAUAUCCUGCUCACUUUGCAUAACUCUGGGCAUCUCUACACAGUUUUUCUGUCUUCUAUUGGGAAUUCUGUGAAAUUGCCUUACUGUGCUUUUCACUUGG